AGUCCGUUCAACUUCAACAAGAUAUAAACAAAAAUUGUGCAGUGAUUGUAGUGGGCGUAGUCACUAGCGCCUUUUAUCUGAUAAAUUAAUUGAUUAUAAAAGAUAAGGCCCUAAUGCUGUAGCGACAUUGUACUAGAUAAAAAUAUAGGGCUACUCUGAUAAAAAGAAUGCAAACCCAACACAUUUAGGGCACAGUGUAAUGUUUUGUUCUUCAGUAACUUGACUAACCAGAUUUUCGUAUAAAUUGUAAGGAUUAAUAACGUUUUCUUACUGUUGCUGUAUUUAUAAAGUGAUUAUGGAAUAGGUAUAAUUCAUGAAAGUGUCUAAGUUCGAAGAAAAGUGACUCAAACUACAACUUACAUCGACUAUGUGAUUCAUCAAAACUUUUCUCUUAAUUACUGUGUGUAAGGUGCGUGUGAUGCGAGAAAAAUGUUCCAGAAAGCAUUAUUAGCCCUUUUUCUGACUGCUAACGUGCAAUGCCAAUCGAACAAAGACUUAUACAAUGGACAGUAUAACAACGAAUUUUAUAAAACGCAAAGAUUGGACAGUUCUCAAGAGACAAGACUGCCUAAUCCUGGAGACAGUGAUUACAGGACUUAUGUGUAUAACAGCAGGAGAUACGGGACGGAUCCAACCCGGUACAAUCCUUUCAAUCCCAGUAUAAACCAGCCGGGAGGUUUUCCAUACAAUCCCCUUAAUACAAACCCUUUGGAUGACUCAUACAAGUUUAACACACCCCAAGACCCAAACAACCCAGAUGCCCUGUUCCCGGGAGUGCUCGGGGGCUGGAGAGAGGACCUCCAAGGCAGGGAGCGGCGGGACUCACGGAUGCUCAAGCGAGACAUCUUUGUUAACACAAACUAUGGACAAGUGCAGGGUUUUAAGGUCCAUUUAUAUGACAAUCCAGAUCCAGACUCUGGAUAUAGACCCUGGUUGACUCCAGUAGAAAGGAUACAGGGAGAGGCCUCAGUUUUCCUGGGGAUUCCCUAUGCUAGACCUCCUGUUUUGGAUGGAAGAUUCAAGCCCCCUCGACAGCACCCAGGCUGGCAGCUCCUCCAGGCCGUAGACUGGGGCCCCGCAUGCCCCCAACCAGUUAGGUUCACCGGGGCAACCAAAGGCAUCCGCGACAUGGACGAAGAUUGUCUGUAUCUCAACAUAUUCUCGCCUAAUACGGAAGCAGGCACCACAGCCCAGAAAUACCCAGUAAUGGUGUACAUCCACGGCGGGCAGUUCUCCUCGGGAGCCUCGAACCUGUUCCCCGCUCAUAUGCUCGCGGCCUUUUACAAGGUCGUCGUGGUCUCCAUCAACUACAGGCUUGGUGCUCUUGGCUUUCUCUCUACUGCCGACGACAACUCCCCUGGCAACUACGGCAUACUCGACCAGGCGAUGGCCUUACGUUGGAUCCGGGACAACAUAGAUCCGUUCAAUGGGGACCGCAAUUCCAUCACCCUUUUCGGGCCGGGCGCUGGCGCCGCCUCUGCUGGUUUGUUGGCCUUAGCGCCGACCACAAGGGAUAUAGUCACCGGCAUUAUAGCUCAGAGCGGCUCAGCGCUCGCAGACUGGGCGAUGAUAGAAGACAAGUUUCGUGUGCAAAACACCUCGCUCGUGUUCGGCCGUCUACUCGGCUGCCCCAUCGACUCUUCAUGGAAACUGGUCAACUGUCUCCGUCAAGGCCGUAGUUUCUACGAGUUGGGGAAUGCUGAAUUUGAGCCUCACGUCGGCUUCAUCCCCUGGGGUCCAGUCUACGAGAAUAACUUCACAUACCCUGCCGACGGCUGGUACGAGGGCUGGAGGGAGCGAGACUGGCACUUCCUGGACGCCAUGCCUGAAGACCUCAUCCGCAGGAGGCAGUUCAACCCCGCGCUGCGAUACAUGACCGGCGUCACCACGCAGGAGGCGGCCUAUGUGCUGUAUAACAACCAAUCUCUAGCGCCCAACUUCGAGAUAUCAGAGACGUGGUUCAACCAGAAGGUGCAAGAGCUGGUGAAGCGGUACAACUACACGCUGAACCCGCGGGGAGUGUACGAGGCGAUCCGCUACAUGUAUACCUACCACCCCGAGCCGCAUAACGUCAGCGCCAUCAGGGACCAAUAUGUGCACCUCCUAUCGGACUUUCUAUACCGCGCCCCUACCGACAAGAUGGUGAAACUCCUCCUUGAACAAAAAGUCCCAGUGUACAUGUACGUCCUGAAUACAACAGUAGAAUCCUACAACUGGCCCCAUUGGAGACAGUACUCACACGACGUCGAACAUUACUUCCUGACUGGGGCUCCGUUCAUGGACCAAGAGUUCUUCCCGAGGAAGCAGAGGAUCGAGAGGCAGAUGUGGACGCCGAAUGAUAGAAACAUGAGCCAUUUCUUUAUGAAGGCGUUCUCGGAUUUCGCGAGGUUUGGCAACCCAACCCGCACAAGAAUUCUCGGUGUGCACUUCGAACAAGCGACAGAAGGUCAACUCCGCUAUCUCAACCUCAACACCACGUACAACUCAACCAUACAGCUCAACUACCGACAGACCGAACUGGCCUUCUGGACGAUGUAUCUACCGACGGUAGUGGGCCGGUUCGUGCCGACCUACCCUCCUAUCACUGAGUAUUGGUGGGAGCCAAAGCAACCGCUCCAAAUUGCCUUUUGGACUGUGUCGGUGGCGUGUCUCCUGCUCAUAGUAUUGGUGGUUGUCUGCUGUAUGCUGUGGCGGAAUGCUAAGAGGGCUAUGCCUCCUAAAUGGAAAUUACUACCGGCAAUAGAAUCUGACCGUUUCUACGACGGCGACAUAUUCAUGGUUCCUGAGCUGGACGAGAGCGGCAUCGACAACGCGACGCGGUCGCGCGACAAUAUCUACGAGUACCGCGAUGUGCCCGUCAAGAAACCUCAUACACCGCCCACUCUUAGUCGAGCUACGUCCCAGCCGGCGACACUGACCACAUUAUCGACCCGGCCGCCGUCGGCCGCGUCCACGGGCUCGGCGCUGUCCCUGCAGGAGGGGCUGGUGGCCAGCUCGCCCGCGCCCGCGCCCGCGCCGCCGCUGCCGCGCGCGCGCUCCAGGACGCAGAUCGUGAAGGGAGUGCCGCAGACCACCGUUUAAACCGCUAGUUUAACAAGUAUAUCGAGCGAUUGCCGUCAGUAGAAAAAAGCGGCAAUCUUAAAAAAAUAGGUGCAAAAGAUAUAAAAUUUGAAUUUCGCGCCUGUUUCUGCUGACAAAGUUGUUUCACAGACUACUAAUCAUGGACUGACUUCGUAACGAGCCGAUAGGGAGCGUGCAGAAGCGCCCUAUUCAUUGGCGCCAAGUAUUAUGUCAAGUUUCCAUUUUUAGAUUAAGCUCCUACAUGGCAGACCCUCCUAAGUGAAAGCCAGCGUGAAGUGGCAGCACCCGCUUAGAAGCGAGAAUUGUUUUUGCUUUCGAUUAAGGUCACGAAAUGGCAGCCCCUGUAACAUACACGGUCUAUAUUUCGUGCACACACAAAUAACGUCAACUAUGAACCAUGCAUCGCGCUGCCCUCGUUGUGUGAAUAUGUGUCAAAAUAGCACCGAAAAAACAAUUGUUUGAAAUUGAAGCAAUUUUUUCCUUUUAUUUAAAUUUUGUUAGAUAGAACAAUUUUAUUUUUAUAUUUUCGUUCUUUAUCUGCAAGCCAUGAUUGUAUUUAUCUCGAACUCUUAAUAUUUACCUGCACUCAUUAAUAUUUAACGAUAAGUUUUCAUUUUUAUUGCUUUUUAUUCUUUUGUUUUUCUUUGCUUGUUUUGUUUUUUAAUAAUACCACCGUUAAUUAGUUUAAGUAUCAUUAUGAGAAAGUUUGUACCUUAACAAUAAUUAUGACAGUAUUAAAAUCAACAUUCCAUAUUACUAUUCACAGUUAUUAUUUUAUAGUACAUGUGGUACUCCUUACCGCACUAGUGCGAUAAUUAGCACAUUACGUAACCAUGUCGAAAAUUUAAAGGGCCAAGUGUACUGUAAAACGUACAAUACAUGUAAUGUAAUAUUUACGCGUGAUUAUUUUAGUGGAUUUGUUAAUAAUCAAUAUGACUGUUUUACGUAAAUCGAUGACUGAUAACACUACAUAAUAUGAAUAUGAAACUCAAAAUACGAGUUACAUAAAAUAGUUGUCGAAAUUACUGUUUUGAUAGCUUAAAAUGCUCGUCAGUCCAAUUUUAUCGCUAGUUUUAGGGACACUGUAGACAUUAAAAUUGCCUUACUUGUGAGUUUCAUUACAUUUUGAAUUCAUUACAUUUUAUACUGAAUUACAGAGCAACAUUAAAAUUUCCUUACUUUUGAGUUUCAUUACAUUUUAUACUGAAUUACAGAGCAACAUUAAAAUUGCCUUACUUGUGAGUUUCAUUACAUUUUAUACUGAGUUAAAGAGCAAUUAGUGAAAACACCAUAUCACAAAAUACUCCAUAGCGUCUCUUUUAAAAUAAUGAUAAAUAACAUAACCUAAUUUAGUGCCUUGGAUUAGUUGGAUUAUAUACUAUGGGUAAAAAAAAUAUGUUUAUAAUUAAAAGUUAACAUAACACUAAGUAUUUUGUGUACAUGUUACCUUAAAGGUAAAGUUAGCCCAUAAGAACUAAUGAUUAACUUACAAUUGCAAUGUGCAGCUUACUUCUUAAUUUUACACACUUUACUAUUAAAAAGUAAUAUUAGUAUUAGCCACACAGAAUAAUUAGGCAGAGUUCGCUAAGACUACACUGUCAUUUCAUAACAACCUUAUUUUAUAGUGUUUAUAUGUAGUUAAAUUUUUCUGAGGUGAUUUUUGGGCUUACCCUUUUCGACACCGUGUCAAACACAAAAGCUGUCACUCGGACGCCACGUCACAAAACUGAAAUUGAACUUUAUGCAUAUGCACGUAGGUCUAUGUUGCUCUGUGAUCUGUAACGGGUUAAUCCGUCUUUGGCGUUGGACCUGCGGCGCGGAUAUAUCGGUUAUUCGCGUCCAAAAGGUUAAACCUAAAAAAUCACCUCACGAAGUUCCAACGACACGCACGACACGCAUACAUUCUUAAAUCGAAAAUGAAUGACUCGAACCUUAAAAGUGUGUAUGUGUGCGUGCGAAAUCGACCUGCCAUGAAGUCACAACGUUGUCUUAGCGACCUUUCCUGUGGUAUUAGACAUGAAAAGACAUUUUUUUUAUAAUAUAAUUAUAUAAUUAACUUUAAAUGUUUGUGAUCGUCUGUCCGUCCAUUUUGUGCAAUCGUGUGUUAUUUGUAAUGUGCCUUGAAAGGUAGGUAGGUAUUUAGCUAUUUAUUAUCAAUCUAUCUUGUAUAGUUACUUUACACGAAAUUAAACAAAUGAUGAUA